UUAAACAUGAGCGAAAAACAAAAAGUAUUAAUUUGUGGAGAUGUAGAAGGUCAUUUUACAUUUUUAUUCAAUAAAGUUGAAGCAAUCAAUAAAAAGAGUGGGCCGUUCGAUUUUUUGCUAUGCGCCGGAAAUUUCUUUGGCAAAAAUAAUUGGGAACUGGAAGCGUAUAAAUUGGGUAUGAAAAAUAUACCAGUUCCGACAUACAUUAUUGGAGCGAAUAGAGAAAAUGACUUGGACAAUUAUCCGGACGUUGAUGGAUGCGAAAUAUGUCAAAAUCUUACUUAUCUUGGAAAACGCGGAUUGUAUACAGCUAGUUCUGGACUUAAGAUAGCUUACAUUAGUGGUACAGAGUGUAAAUCUUCAGAAUCAAAAUCUACUUGUUUCACUGAAAACGAUGUUAUAUCAAUUAAACAAGCUUGCUUGAAAGGUCAACCUAGUUUUCGUGGAAUUGAUGUAUUAAUGACUUCUCCUUGGCCUGCUGCUAUUACAAAUUUAGAUCCUAAUAAACCAAAUUUUAAAUAUGAAGGUUCUAAAUUGAUUGCAUGGUUGGCCACACAAGUAAAACCUAGAUAUCAUGUAGCAGCUUUGGAAGGAAUUCAUUAUGAAAGACCUCCGUAUAGGAAUCAAAGUUUACAAGAUGGUAACAUUGAAAUUGCAACAAGAUUUAUAGCACUUGCACCUGUCAUGAAUACUCAAAAGAAAAAAUGGUUAUAUGCAUUGAAUCUAACUCCUGUUGAUAGGACACGUUUAUCAGACUUAGUUAUGAAAACUACAGAUGAAACAGAUACCCCAUAUCCUAGAUCAAUGUUAUCAAAUGAACCCUCAGCUAAAAAAGUAGAGCAAAAACAUACACAGUUUUUUUAUGACAUGGAAUCUCAAGACUGUAGCAAGAGGACUAAGUAUUCACAGGGUUCUAACAAGAAACCCAGACCAGAAUUUGAUCAAGCGAAAUGCUGGUUCUGUUUAUCUAGUCCUGAAGUUUCUAAACAUUUAGUAAUAUCAGUUGGAACAGAGAUUUAUGUUGCACUUGCAAGGGGUGGAUUGGUUGAAAAUCAUUUCUUGAUUUUACCAAUAACACAUCAUCAGAGUCUUUCUAUCCUACCAAAAGAUGUGAAAGAAGAAAUGGACCAGUAUAAGAGUGCUAUAACAAAAUACUACGCUACUAUGGAUAAAGUACCUGUAUUUUUCGAACGCAAUUACAAAACAUCUCAUUGUCAGUUACAAGCUGUACCUAUCCAUAAAAAUCAAGCACCAGCUCUAAAAGAAACAUUCGAAGAAAUGGCUGAAUGUAAUAAUUUUAAAAUAAGUGAAUUGCCACCACAUGCAGAUUUACAGCAAAUUGCAAAACCGGGUGUUUUAUAUUUUUACGUAGAGUUACCGGGUAGAGAAAAAUUGUAUUACAGAAUCAAGAAAGAUUUUCCACUUCAAUUUGGAAGAGAAGUAUUAGCUUGUGACAGAAUAUUAGACAUUAAUGAUCGAUCCGAUUGGAAAGAUUGUCAAUUGGACGAAGAAGAGGAAAUUGAGUUAGCGAAACGAAUUAGACGAGAAUUCCAGCCAUUUGAUAUAGAUACUUGA